ACCCUUCCGCCUGCCCCAAAAAGAGCAACGCAGAGCAAACAAAAGAAACGCCGCGAAAUGUAUGAGCUUCAAAUUGAGUAGGAGGGGCAUCGUCGUCCCAGCUCAGUAGAAGCUAUGAGCUCCUUCUCCAGUAGAAGAAACUCCGAUUAUUUGCAUAAAGAAAAGCCAUGAAAGCGUUUCGUUUCUCCUAUCUAUUAAGAAAAACCUUUCCUCUAUCCACGCAGAAGCUCCUCCCGUUCUCUUCAUCCUCCACGGCAGUGAAGUCGCCCAACUUCUUUUGCGAUGAACCCGACGACGGAAGCCCAGUUUACCGCCAUAAGCUCAUGUUCCAGCGCCCGACGACCAUGAAUUGGGAUGGACAACUCUAUAACUCCGUCCACUUUAUUGGCUCAGUCUUAUUUCCUUUGAAGAGGGGUGCUUCUACUGAGACCAUUUCUGCUUACACCCUUCUCAAAGUUAGAUCUUUCCCCGACUCUGAUCGUACAUUCAGGAUUUUAUUGAAGAUGUGGGGCAAGAUGGCAGAAUUAUCUCUCCAACAUUUGAGACCAAAUGAUUUCAUUUAUGUUUCUGGUCGUUUAAAUUCUUACACAAAAGUUGAUUUAAGUGGAAAGCUCCGGACCUUUUAUGAGGUAAUUGUUGAGGAACUAAACUAUGUUGCACAAAGUGGGCAAUACGAAACUUGCAAGAAAUUGGAGCAAUCAGAAAUAAAAGAAAAACAACUUCCUCUUUUAAGUGCAUCGGAUUGGGAAAAGAAAAGAAAAGACCGUCUUUAUUUGUGGCAAGUUUUCUUUUCUAAUCCAGAUGAAUGGUGGGACAAUAGACAUGGCAAGGUUAAUCCUAAAGCUCCACAUUUUAAGCAUAAGGAUACUGGUGAGGCCUUGUGGCUUAGUUCAUCUGAUCCUUCUUGGGUUACUAGGCAACUUCAACUGCAUGACUCUAGAAUGGGUGGAAGAAGGUAUCAGGACUCAGUCAGUUCACGGUCCCGUGUGUCUUUCUGGGAAUAUACGGAUGAGGAACAGUUUUCUGUGCCUCAGAAGAAGAAAACAACACAAGGGUCAUAGGAUUGAUGUGGCAAUGGAGAAAAUUUAUUUUACUUGUCACAAGAGAUGGACUCUUGGAAUUGUUCAGAGUUAAUAGUUGUGUUUGGCAUUUGAUCCUGGUGGUGUAAAAGGUUUUUUUUUAUUAUUAUUAUUAUUUUUUGGUCGAAUGGUGGUGUAAAGGUUUCAGUUUGAACAUUUCAGAUCACCAACGGAAAACAAGAAUGAAAGAGAAAUUGAUGUUCCAUUGAGGACCAAGUGUACCACUAGGUUAUAAUGAUUGAUCGACAGAAAAGUUUGUGGUAGAAAACCAUGAUGGUGUACCACCAAAUAGUAUGAAGAUUAUUCAACAUUUAUCAUUUA